GUAGCACAUACUGAUAAAAGACUGACAAACCCAGUUUAAUAAUAAGAAACAUCAGCAUGUACUCAACUAAAAGCGAGGGACCGCGCAGAGGAAGAUCUUUUGACUCCAUGAACAUUGGUCUGACAUUGGAAGAGAAGCAACUUAACAAUGAGAUGAACAAAUCUGCCUUUCCAAAGAUCGAGGAGAAUAAAGACAACAAAACCGCGUCUACAGAGAGGGGCCGGGCUGCUCUUGUGUUCUCUUUGAAGAAUGAAGUCGGUGGCCUUGUCAAGGCACUAAAACUUUUCCAGGAAAACCACGUCAACCUCGUCCACAUCGAGUCCAGAAAAUCCAAACGGCGCAACUCAGAGUUCGAGAUCUUCGUAGACUGCGACAGCAACCGCGAGCAACUGCACGAGAUCAUUCAGCUGCUGAGGAAACACGUGAACGUGCUCGAGAUGGACGCACCUGACAACCGUCUGCCUGAAGAAAGCGAGAUGGAGAACGUGCCGUGGUUCCCGAAGAAGAUUUCAGAUCUGGAUAAAUGUGCGAACCGUGUGCUGAUGUAUGGAUCUGACUUGGAUGCGGAUCAUCCAGGAUUCAAGGACAACGUCUAUCGCAAAAGGAGAAAGUAUUUUGCAGACUUGGCUAUGAGCUACAAACAUGGAGAUCCUAUUCCCCGUAUAGAGUUUACAGAGGAGGAGGUGAAAACAUGGGGAGUGGUGUUCAGGGAGCUGAAUAAACUCUACCCCUCACAUGCCUGCCGCGAGUACCUGAAAAAUCUGCCCUUGCUCAUCAAACACUGUGAUAUCCGCGAGGACAACAUCCCACAGCUGGAGGAUGUCUCGCGCUUCCUCAAAGAGCGCACCGGCUUCACCAUCAGGCCUGUGGCUGGGUAUCUCUCCCCACGAGACUUCCUGGCAGGUCUGGCCUUCCGUGUGUUUCACUGCACUCAGUAUGUCCGACACAGCUCAGACCCCCUCUACACACCUGAGCCAGACACAUGUCAUGAGCUGCUUGGACACGUCCCUCUCUUGGCCGAGCCCAGCUUUGCUCAGUUCAGUCAGGAGAUUGGUCUCUCGUCACUGGGAGCAUCGGAUGACUCUGUACAGAAACUCGCCACUUGUUAUUUCUUCACUGUGGAGUUUGGCCUCUGUAAGCAGGAAGGGAAACUGAGAGCUUAUGGGGCCGGUCUGCUGUCCUCUAUCAGUGAGCUGAAGCAUGCACUGUCAGGAAAUGCCAGGAUCUUGCCCUUUGACCCCAAUGUGACAUGCAAACAGGAGUGCAUCAUCACCACCUUUCAGGAUGUCUACUUUAUUUCAGACACCUUUGAGGAAGCGAAAGUCAAAAUGAGGGAGUUUGCAAAGACCAUCAAGAGGCCAUUCUCAGUGCGCUACAACCCAUACACACAGAGCGUAGACGUUCUGAAGGACACAACCAGCAUCAACAACAUGGUUGAAGAACUAAGACACGAGCUGGACAUCAUUGGAGAUGCACUAAACAGGCUAAACAAACAGUUAGGAGUCUGAAAAGCAAAAAAAAAAAAAAUUUUCAACAAAUCAUCAAAGUACUUUAUCACCAGUGCACCUGUUUUGUCACAGUACUUCACUCUCCAAAUCGUGUAUGGCAUCAAUAUAUAUAUAUGUCAUGUUGUAUGUACCCACCAAACCAAGUCAAAUCCUUGUGUAUGUUUAUAUAAUCAGUUUGAUUCUUGUUAGAUUAAAUACACUGUUCAACAACAGCUGUGCUAAAUGCUUGAGUUCUUGUAUUUUAUGUAAGAUUUCUACUUGAUAAGGUGGUUUUUAUGCAAGGUGAAUGUUUUUGGUGAAAAUCAGGCUACGCAUGUGACAAUUAGUCUGUUGUGCAAAGUUGAUGUCUGCUAGUAUGUUAGCCAUUUCAGUUUGCAUUUAUGUAAUUUGUUUCAAAUUCGCACCUUAUGUUUAUUUGUUCAGAGAUACUGUCUGAUAGAUGUUUUAGUACAUAAACAGAGAGUUUUGUACCUUUGUGAGUCUGAAAUAUUUAGUAUAUACCUACCAACAAUGUAUGCUAUGUUUUACUGUUUCUUUAUUUAAAACGGAUGUCUAGAUGGAGUAGGACCUGGAAUAAUCUGUAUUUAUUAAAAUGCAUGUAAAUUUUCCAUUGGAUACGGAAGAAUAGCCUAUUUUUACAAAUUAUUGAAUGCUUAGAGUCUAGAUAAAAUCUGAACGAAAUAUGCUUAUCAGUUAAAGUUUAAGCUGUAGAGAAAUGUAUUGCUAGAGAUUAUUAUAAUAGAGUUUGUAUGCUUAUAAUAAAAUAUAUAAUUGUUUUUCUACUGUAAA